CCACGUGCACCGCGGCUUACGCGCACUCGUGCACUCUUCUCUCGUGUGCCCGUCCCAGGCAUGCAUGUAUGCGAUGCACGCGCGGUCAAGAGACUAUAAAAGUCGUCGCGAUGUUUAACUGCGCCGUCUCGACAUAAACUAGGCACUAUAUUGGUGAGAUAGCGCAGAAACCCUCGACUCGACGUGCGCUCGUCGCGACAGCCAACAUCUCGGGUACCCCGAGCCAAGAUGGCGGCCGGCGACGCCCGGCGCCGUCGCGCCCGCUUCCCGGGGAACAUUUUACAACUUUACGCGGGACUCGCGUGAGAUGCAUAAGAGAUUCGCCGGGACUCGAAACGCAUUCGAGGACUUAAAUCACCGAAGGGGUUCAGGGUCUUAGAAAGAACGCGGACGUGGGGAACUUUUGAUGCCCCAACCAAGUGCCCAUAAACGCGGCCCCGUGAGAGGAAUCGGAUGGCUUGUGCCAGUCGAACGGAGGGACCUUUGGGGUAGGAUGUGCAGGACGAGUAAUUGGACAUCGGAUCGAGCCGCAGAUCGAGCACUGAUGGACUGGCGUAACAUGCCAUGUGAAAUCGAGCACAAGGAGUUUCUAAAGAAAUUUUCGGACUGUAUGCUUCAAUGGGUGUUUGAAGGUGUAAACCGUAAGGAACCAGUGACCAGGUGGAGAGAAUCGAACCACUUGAAAGAGCUACUUGAAUUAAAAUUGCAAGACUUACCACAAUCACAGGAACGCAUCCUCAAAAUCUCCAAAGAUGUAUUUCGCUACAGCAUCAAGAGUGGUCAUCCUUACGUGUUUAGUCAAUUAUUUUCUGGGUUGGACCCUUACGGAUUGGCAGGGCAGUGGUUGACGGAUUUAUUAAGUGUAUCGAUGCACACAUAUGAGACUACUCCGAUCCUAACCCUAAUGGAGAAGACCUUGAUCCAGAAAUUGUCGAGCAUGUUUUUCAUUGACAACGAUGCCUCAGACAUUACAGGUGAAGGUCUUUUUUGCCCCGGAGGAGCAUUCGCAAAUGGGAUGGCUAUAAACCUUGCAAGAUUUUGGAGCACAUCCAAUAUCAAGAAACAUGGGCAUCCUGGAUCGAAACUCGUUUUCUUCGUUUCGGAAGACGCUCACCGUUCUAUUUCAAGAUGGGCCAGUAUUUGCGGCUUGGGAGAUAACAGUGUCCUGUUAAUCAGGACUGACUACUUGGGACGAAUGGAUACUCGCGAUUUGGAAGCAAAAAUCCUGGAUGAACGAGAGAAGGGAAAUCAUGGCUUUAUGGUGUGCGCCACUGCCGGAACACUCGUUUUAGGCGCUUUUGAUCCCUUGGUUGAGAUUGCCAGAAUUUGCGAGAAAUUCAACAUGUGGAUGCACGUGGAUGCUGCUUGGGGUGGAGGGGUAAUAUUUAGUGGGAAGUAUGGAGGACUUCUGCGUGGAAUAUCUCGAGCUGACUCCAUCACAUUCAACCCACAUAAUCUUUUGGGCGUUUCUCCGCAGUGCUGCGUACUCUUGACCAGACACUCGGAUGUCGUGAAGAGAGUCAAUAUCCAGGAAGCUUUAGAGUCGUCACAAAAUGACAAGUAUGACAUAGACUUUGACGACAUCGGUCUGCAAGGUGGACAAAGACCGGACAUUCUCAAAUUCUGGUUCAUGUGGCUGGCUAAGGGCAGUCUCGGCUUUGAGAAACAUGUGAAUCAUCUGAUGGCACUCGCAGCAUCCUUCAAGGAGAAAAUUGAAAAGCGAGAAGGUUUUCAACUGGUAACGCAGCCUUGCUUUAUAAAUGUUUGCUUUUGGUAUAUUCCUCCUAAUUUAAGGGGUCAAGAAUCCGUGAAAGGCUUUGAAAAGUUGCUAGACAAGGUCGCGCCAAAGCUAAAAGAGAUGAUGACCAAAAGGGGCAGUCUAAUGAUGUCUUGUCAACCACUGCGGAAUCAGCCUAAUUUUUUUCGUUUCAUCGUGCAGAACUCCGGAGUGGAGAUGCAGGACCUGAAUUAUAUCUUAAACGAAUUGGAGAACCUAGGAUCCUAUCUUGUACAUUAAUCACCGUAAUCACUGACGUAGUUACCACAAGUAUUUCGUGAUCUAUACAAUCCUACGGAUUAUCCGACGUACCUAGUGACUGCAGCAUCCCCUAGAAUAUUUAAUAUACGCGUUCUCCUAGGGGAAAGUCAGAGAACUCCGAGCCAAGGGUGGCCCCGAAAAUCAAAGUCGCGCGACAAUCCAUGCGUUUAUCCAUAUCGAGGGGCGUUUCGUGAAAUCUUGCGACCUAUAUGCCUACGGAAUAUAUGCAUGGGUGCCUAUAGGGUGUCGUGUCGAGAUGUAUGCAUUAUGGAAGGCUCGCAGCUAAUCCUGAUUCAAAUGACAGCGUACGAGGAAGCCGUAUAUCGGUAGUAGCCUGCGUGCAGUAGUUGGCACGUAUGGGUGGCCGGAGCCACCCCUUGUAACCGGCCAGGGAUGAAACCACUCCCGGAAGAGCGGGCGAUCUACGAGCCGGGGUGGAGGAAGAGAAGGGUCUUUGUAAGAAAUUCCUAUGCUCUCGCCUAAGAUGCUCUUGAAAAAUCCUCGUAAAAGGAGACCGUAAACUUCCCUAAGUCCGGCCGGGGGUGGAAUCGAGAGCCGGUUCGAACACUGGCUGCUGCGGAAUUUUCUCGAGGGGCUAGAUCGACGGAAAGAGACCACGGGGAAUCUAAGGGUGAGGCUCUUCGAAGCCUAGAUACGUCUUUGCCCCUCGUAAGCCUCUGCGGGGGUGCUUGCCCUGCUGAUCAGGAACGUGGACAGUGGCCUGCCGUGAGCAAACCUCGUCGUUUCUUCCAGCGCUCUUUCAAUAUAUUCUCGUGGCUUUAAAUAAUAACUCAUGAAGACUUCGACCGAGCUUAGUGUUAAGCCUGAUGAUUAUCGUCCGAGAUAAACGCAUGUAUGCGCGAAGAUUGAUAGAAUGGGGGCGGUUUAUUGGAUAAAUCGACUGGUCGAAAUUGUUAACUUCAACCCGGCAAUAAAUGUCACGCGUCGAAGAAGUUCAUCGGUAAAAUCGAUUAAACGGGGGUAGGGACAUCCAGUGCCUCGUAACUUGACGUUGUUAACGGAUUUCAAAUGCUUGUUACGAAAGGUAAGAACAAUUCAAAUAAUUGCAUAGGGACACACUUCGACGCGGAGAUAAGUGCGGACUAAUUGCUCCGUGCAAUAAUUAUUCUGCUAACGUACCACUUGUACACGCUGCGUUAUGUCUGCAGUUACCCGUGCUGUAUACGCGACUAAAAAGCUUAUUGUUUGUAUUCACUGAAUGUACAAUUGAAUUUCGUG